AUGGGGAAGACAAACGCUCAGUUCUGGGCUAGCUUCUUGGGACCAAUAUUUUUGAAGAAGAGAGAAUGGCACGGAGCGUUGAAGCGAAGUAAAGGGAAGGAAAAGAUUGGAGCCUCAGGAGUUUUUAUAUUUGAAAAGUUCAACUUCGUUCCUGAGUCUCGAAGUCGCCAACGAGUCACCGGGGCUGUUGAGCCGGAAUCUUUGGGGAGGAGGUAA